CUGUAGGGCUGCGGGGUUUUCGCCGGAACAGGAAACCUCUCCGUGGGGUGGAGGCGUGCGGCUGGCGUGGCUAGCAGGCUCUGCGGGACUGGCUGGUGUGCGGCGUGUGCGCCUCGAAAGUGAUGGAACCCGGCGCGAGCGCCCCCGGGUAGCGCCGGUGAGGCUGCAGGGCCUGGCCCGGGCAGCCAUGGGCCUCCUUCGGCUGCUGGUUCUGGCGGUGCUGGCGUCCAAACCUGGCGUGGCCGGUGGAGCCGAGACCGUCGGGAACUCCAGCGAGGGUCUUCUUGAAUUUUCUGUAGGGAAGUUUAGAUACUUCAAGCUCAACAGGCCCUUUCCAGAGGAUGCCAUUUUGCGUCAUAUUUCCAGCAAUGUGUCUUUUAUUAUUUUCCAAAUACACUCACAGUAUCAGAAUACAACAAUUUCUUUUUCGAAGACUGUACUGCCCAGCACCUCAGGAACAGGCACUGACAAAGGACUGGUUUUCAUUCUUAGACCAGAGCAGAGUAUGUGCACUUUGUAUUUGCAGACUUUAGAUGCUGAGCCUGUCCAAAACAUGGCCAUUCCACUCUCCUACUCCGAAAGAGAUCCUGUCCCCGGAGGCUGUAAUUUGGAGUUUGAUUUAGAUAUUGAUCCCAACAUUUACUUGGAGUAUAAUUUCUUUGAGACAACUAUUAAAUUUGCCCCAGCAAACCUUGGCUAUGCAAGAGGCACAAAUCCUCCGCCAUGUGACACUGGGACAGGACGGGACUCUAGGUGGAGGUUGCUGUAUGAUGUCUAUCAGUAUUUUCUGCCUGAGAAUGACCUCACCGAAGAGGGAUUGCUAAAGCAUCUGCAGAGGAUGGCCGAGGUGCCUCAGGUGCAGGCCAAUGCUCUCAAGGUGGUGACCCUCACCGCUAAUGAUAAGACCACGAUUUCCUUCUCCUCCCUCCGGGGACAAGGUGUCAUUUAUAAUGUCGUUGUUCGGGACCCAUUUCUAAACACAUCUGCUGCUUAUGUUCCCGCCCACACAUACGCCUGCAGCUUUGAGGCCGUGGCGGGUAAUUGUUCUUCCCUCGGAAGAGUGUCAACCAAAGUGUUCUUCACCCUAUUUGCCCUGCUUGGUCUCUUCAUUUGUUUCUUUGGACACCGAUUCUGGAAAACAGAAUUGUUUUUCAUAGGUUUUAUCUUCAUGGGAUUCUUCUUCUACAUACUGAUUACAAGACUGACACUUAUUAAGUAUGACGUUCGUCUGAUUCUGACCGCCGUCGCUGGAAGCAUUGGUGGGAUUUUCUUGGUCGCUGCUUGGUGGCGAUUUGGAAUCCUCCUGCUCUGUAUGCUGUGUGUCGGAUUGGUGCUGGGCUUCCUCAUCUCCUCAGUGAUGUUCUUCGCUCUUCUGGGAAACCUAAAGAUUUUUCAUGAUGAUGGUGUGUUCUGGGUGACCUUCUCCUGCAUAGCUGUCCUCAUUCCAGUAGUUUUCAUGGGCUGCUUAAGAAUACUGAACAUAAUGACUUGUGGACUCGUUGGCUCCUACUCGGUGGUCUUGGCCUUUGACAGUUACUUGUACACAAGCCUUUCCCACAUCACUUUGAAUGUACUCAAGAGAGCACUCAACAUGGAUUUCCACAGAGCUUUCACAAAUGUGCCUUUUCAGACUAAUGACUUUAUUAUCCUGGCAGUAUGGGGGAUGCUUGCUGUAAGUGGAAUUACCUUACAGAUUCGAAGAGAAAGAGGGCGACCAUUUUUUCCUCCCCACCCGUACAAGUUAUGGAAGCGAGAGAGGGAGCGCAGAGUAACGAACGUUCUGGACCCCAGCUACCACAUCCCUCCAUUGAGAGAGAGGCUCUAUGGCCGCUUGGCCCGGAUCAAAGAGCUCUUCCAGAAGGAACAGCCAGCCGGAGAGAGGACACCCCUGCUUCUGUAGGUGCCAAAGGGGCUCGGUCAGUGUGAUCUCGAAGUAGAGCCCAGACGCCUCCCCUCCGGUGCGUCCGCCCAGCCGCUUCGGCCGUGUCCGGUCAAGUCUGAUAAGAACACUGGCGUGCGUAUCUGUGCGUUGCACAAUUUCAUGGUGUCCUUAUUGAUACAUUAUCAAAAGGUACCCUUCUUUUUAUUUUUAAUUGUGGUAAAAUACUUACCACAUCAAUCAUAAAGUGUAUAAGUUCAGUAGGCACUUUGUUUUUGCCUUUUAUUGCUUACGAUGCUAAUUUAAAUACUAAAUUAUGUCAGUUAUUUGAAAAUAGGUCAAUUUAUAUAGGUAAAACUUUGAUACGCAUAUAAAGGCCUCGGGUUUUUUUCUUUAAAGGCCUUUUAAAAUAGUAUUGACAUCUGAUCUCUAAAGUGCAUUUGAAUUGUUCUUUUUUAGGAAACCAAUUGAUUGGCUCCUACCUUCUAAGGAAACCUUUUAACAUUUGCAUUUUGUGGUUCUUUCCGCUAAAUUGGUUGUUAUUAGCAUUGAUGUAAAAAUACAAUUUCAAAAAUUU